GAUUACACUUUAGUACGGAAUCAGGUCAUUCAGUCACUCUGUGCCGUGUAACCAAAAUGUAUGGGCAGAAGCUUGUAAGGAGCUGCCUCGCCGGCCUAAGAAAUACCGCUUUUAAGUUCCCCGUCCAGCGAACGGCCAGUGCUACAUGUGUCAGGCUGCAGCACUCCCAGCCGGACUCCGGACUUGUCCGCUCCUAUCGGCCAGAGACAAGCAGUGCCAAGACCCUGAUGGACAUUGGCACUCGCAGGAUCUUCUCUGAGGAUCAUGACCUCUUCCGGCAGAAUGUGCGUCGUUUCUUCCAAGAGGAAGUGGUACCUUACCACAACCAGUGGGAGAAGGCAGGCGAGGUGAGCCGGGAGCUGUGGGAGAAGGCCGGGCAGCAGGGCCUGCUAGGAGUGAACAUCUCUGAAGAGCAGGGCGGUGUUGGAGGAGAUUUGUUCUCCUCUGCUGUCGUUUGGGAAGAACAGAUGUACUGCAAUUGCUCCGGCCCUGGCUUCUCCCUGCACUCAGACAUCGUGAUGCCUUACAUCUGCUCCUACGGCUCCAAAGCCCAGGUCGAGCGCUUCGUCCCGCAGAUGGCUGCUGGGAAGUGCAUCGGCGCCAUUGCCAUGACGGAGCCCGGAGCUGGCAGCGAUCUCCAAGGUGUCAGGACCUUUGCCAAGAAAGAUGGCAGCGACUGGAUCCUCAAUGGAAACAAGGUGUUCAUCACAAAUGGCUGGUUGAGUGACCUGGUCAUCGUGGUGGCUGUAACGAACCGGGAAGCGCCGACAGCAGCCCACGGGAUCAGCCUCUUUCUGGUGGAGAAUGGAAUGAAGGGCUUCCACAAGGGUCGCAAGCUGGAGAAGAUCGGGCUCAAGGCACAGGACACGGCUGAGCUGUUUUUCGAGGACAUCCGCCUCCCACCAGAGGCUCUUCUGGGCCAGGUCAACAAGGGCUUCUACUACCUGAUGAAUGAACUUCCCCAGGAACGCUUGCUAAUCGCCGAUAUGGCCAUCGCCAGCUGCGAGUUCAUGUUUGAGGAGACCAGAAAAUACGUGACUGAGAGGAAGGCUUUUGGCAAGACCAUCUCUCACCUGCAGACAGUGCAGCACAAGCUGGCUGAGCUGAAGACUGAGGUUUGCGUAGGGCGGGCCUUCCUGGACAGCUGUCUGCAACUGCAUGCAGAGAAGAAACUGGAUUCUUCCACCGCCUCCAUGGCCAAGUACUGGGCCACUGACCUCCAGAACAAAGUGGCUACACAGUGCCUGCAGCUUCAUGGAGGGUGGGGCUAUAUGUGGGAAUUCCCCAUUGCCAAGGCCUUCGUAGAUUCUCGCGUCCAACCCAUCUACGGUGGCACCAAUGAGAUCAUGAAGGAGCUGAUUGCCCGUACCAUCGUCAGCAAGAACUGAGCCUGUGAGAAGCUGAUUUGAUCAGCUCGACACUCUGUGUGCCUUACAGUUACUCCUCUGAUGUUGAUAGACAACCAAUUACUGCCUUUCUAUUCUGGAAGAUGUUUAAUGAUAAUUGAUGAUGGAGGCCAUCUACGUAACCUUGUAACUAUGUGAAACUGUGCGGCAGAACAUAACAUUAAAUAUUUGAACUAAAAUAGUGUCUGUAUUGCGAUGGGCUGGCCCCCCAUCCUGGGUUGUUCCCUGCCUCAUGCCCAUUGCUUCCGGGAUAGGUUCCAGACCCCCGCAACCCAGUAGGAUAAGCGGUUUAGAAAAUGGAUGGAUGGAUAGUGUCUGUAUGUAAAAGUAAUUAAUAAUGGUUUACUGGUUUAUUCCUGUUCCUAUAUUAGUGCUUAAAAUCCACCUUUGCUACAUCCAGUCAUGGAAUGUUAACUAUUUUGGUUUGGUUUUUUUAAAUGUAAAAUUACGUAAGAUAUUUCUAAAUGAAAGUAAUUGUUGAAUAAAACGUCUUUGUUUCGCA